AUGAAUCUGAUUGGCUGGAAGGAUCUUUAAACUACAAGGCGGAAGGAUUUGGAGAUGCAAAAAUGACAACAGAAGUCGAGUUUCUUCGAGAUCAAGUGAAUCGUUUAAACUCCGUCCUGGGACGAUAUCAGGAUGAAUUUCCUCCUCCCUCAGUGUCACAGACAGGUGAUGUGGUCAUGGAAUCUGCAGCUCCCUGGCUCUCAGACAGAGGUCUAAUGGCUCCUCUAAUAGAAGAAUAUGACAGACACAUACAACAGAUGGGGAUGCAGCUCAAGUUCUAUCAGAGGCAGAUGACAGACGUCAAAGCAAGCCUGGAGCAGGUGGUUAAGGAAAACGAGCGGCUUCAUGCAGAGCAGAGAAUGUCCAUUGAAAAGCAGUUGCAGUCUCUGUCCACUGGAACAGCAGGAGACACGACAGCGGAUGCGAUCGCCAUUAGCAAUCUGGAGGAGCAGGUCAAGUGUGCCGUGGAGGAGAAAGAACGGGCUCUUCAGAUGUGGCAGACUGCUUCGCAUGAGUUGGAUCGACUGCAAACCCAGUAUCAGUGCUCCAUAAGUGACGGACAAAUACACGCAGUUGAAAGGCAACACAUGCAGAAUCAGCUGGCGCAGGUUCAGCAACACAACCAGAAGCUCCAGCUGACCAAUCAGAAGCUGGAAUCAACCAAUCAGCAGUUCCUGAAGACGGUGGCAGAACAGAGCGGUGAGCUGGAGCAGUUACGCAGCCAACUCAGGCAAGCAAAGCUUGAGCAGAGAUCUUCUGCGACUAAAGUGGAGGAAAUGACCAGACUCCUGCAGAAUGUCCAGGAUCAGAUGCAGAGGAGGGAAGAGGACACAGCAGAAGCUCAGGGUAGAGAAGAAGCAUCUGAUCGGAGACUUCAGCAACUACAAGCAGCACUGAAGCAGCUAGAAGCCAGACUCAAAGCUGCGACGCAGGACUCCGAGUCGGUGCGCAGGAAGCAGACGGAUUGGGAGCGACAAGUGGGAGAACUACAGGGUCGCUGCGCCUCUCUGGAAGAGGAGAAAUUUGAAGCCCUCAGUCGCCUCCGCAACUCCAUCCAGCUGGCUGAGGAAGCCUCGCUUCAGAGAGAACAGGCUCAGCUGAGGGAGAAACAGAGAGCAGAAGAGCUGGAGAAGAUGAAAGAUGCCAUGAAGCAGCUGAUUCAGGAUGCUGCCAUGCUCACCAGGAAAGAGGUGCUCACUGCUAAUGUUCUUGAACUUUCAAAGGAAGACAACAGAAUACGACACGAGGUAGAGAGUGUUCGUAAGCAGUGUAACGUUCAGAUUCAUCGUAUGGCUGAGGAGCUUUCUGCCCUGCAACUGGAGUGUGCCGAUAAAGAGACACAGAUUGAAAGAGCCCAUCGGGAGAGAAAAGCUGUGGAAGAGGAGCUGGAGAAGGUCUAUAAAGAGGGCCGAGUUGGAGAGCCUGAGAUGAGGAAGAUGGAGGCUCUCCAUCAGAGAUGUUUAAAUGCUGAACGAAUGAAGGACGAAAUGCAACUCACACUCAACAGCACUAAAAACAAGAUGAAGAAGAUGGAGAUGGAGUAUUCAGAGGAGCUGUCGCGCUGUCAGGAGGAGUUGCGGAGGCUGCAGUCCACGCUGACGAGUGCAAGACAGGAGAGUACAGCCAUCAGUGAGGAGAGACUUACACUGCAGCAAGAGAACCAGCAACUGCACAGAGACAUGGAAGCACUGCGCAAAGAGUGUGCGCUCGCUCAGAGACGCGCCAAACAACAGGUGUCUUCAAUGCAGCAGGAGCUGUGUGUGAAGGAGCAAGGUUUAGAGUCCAGGCUGAGAGAGAUGGAGGAGAGCAGUAAAAACUCCAGCGCUGGUUUGAGCAGACUGCUGCUCGCUCAACAGAAAACCAUCAGCCGCUACAAAGACGAGGCCAAGAACCUCACACAGGCUUUCCAACAGAAACUCGACAGCCUCAGGUCAGAGCUGAACAGACAGAAACAGCGCGCUCAGGAACUGGAGAUCCAGGUGGAAGCUGAUCAUCAGAAGAUACUGGAGUAUGAGAGGCAGGUUUUAGAGCAUCAGGAGAAGAACACACGUCUACAGAGGCGUCUUACUCAGGCAGAGCACCGUGCGGUCAGUGCAUCACAACAGCUGAGUGUGAUAUCACAACGGAGAAAAGCUGCAUCCAUGAUGGAUCUUGAGACUUUAUCAUAGAUAAACAGCAUUCAUCAUCAUCAUCAUCAUCAUCAUCAUCAUCAUUCUGAUCAGUUUGUUUUUGGGCUUCACAGUGUGUCAAGAGCUUUCAUUGGCAGCAUUCCCCAUGUGUUUAUUAUUGCCAAUUAAUCUAAUAAAAAGAACUUCAGUUCACCACUUACCA